GUCAACACCCUGAGGGGGCACACCGACUGCGUCACCGCCCUAAGCUUCUCCGGCGACGCUGGCAGUCUAGCCACCGUAUGCGCCGAUGGAGCUGUGAGAGUAUUUAGGAUCGAUGAUGCCUCAAGCAAGAGUUUUAAGAUUCUGAAGAUAGACUUGCCUGCUGGGGCACAUCCUACUGCCAUCGCCUUCUCGGAAGGGACAUCAUCCGUCAUUGUGGCAGCACAAGCGCUCUUAGGCUCGUCCCUCUAUAUGUAUGCGGAUGUCAGUGCUCCUCCAACUGGGGGAAACAAACAGCAGGGCAAGCUUUCCCCACCCGAGAUCAAGUGGGACCACAAAAAGAUUCAUGGCAAAGAAUCUGUGCUGAACCUCGCAGCAGCUCGUGCGACCCAUGGUACUGGUGAUGGGAGCACGAUUGUCAUUUCUUGCUCUGAAGCAACUGAUAUCAAAAUUUGGCAUGGAAAGAGUGGAAAGGAGUUGGGAACAGUUGACACUAAUCAGUUAAAAAACAAUAUGGCCGACAUAUCCCCAAAUGGCCGCUUCAUAGCUGCUGCAGCUUUCACUGCUGAUGUCAAGGUGUGGGAGAUUGUUUACUCAAAGGAUAGUUCAGUGAAGGAGGUCAACAGAGUGAUGCAACUCAAGGGUCACAAGAGUGCUGUUACUAGUUUGUGCUUCACUCCGGAUUCUGAGAAGAUCAUUACGGCAUCAAAAGAUGGUACUAUUCGAGUAUGGAAUAUCAAUGUAAGGUACCACCUUGACGAGGAUCCAAAAACCUUGAGAGUUUUGGCAAUCCCGCUGCAUGACUCAGAAGGUUCUCCUUGCUUAUACAAUCACAUGGGCAUCUCCCCAGAUGCCAAAGUUCUGGCUGUAACAAGUGGAUCGACGUUGCAAUGGUUAUGUGCAGAAACUGGUGCAGUUUUGGAUACAGCUGAGAAGGCUCACGAAGGUGAUAUAGCUGGCAUUGCUUGGGCUCCACGGACUAUUCCAAAUGGUGGCGCUCCUGCCUUUCUCUUGGCGACCUGCGGGGAAGACAAAAAGGUGAAACUGUGGUUAGCUCCAGAGGUUAGUUCAACAUGAGAGUCCCGAUCGUAUCCUGGUCAUCCUCUACAAGGCAGCUUCCCCAAAGGGACAAAGAAACAGAGAGAUCCGAACUUUUAUUAGACAAGCAAAUCACAGUUCAAUUUCUUUGAGUUUGAGGGUACUGUUUAGU